AUGUGGGCGCAACAACAGUCCAAUGAAAUACGGAAAUCUUCAGUGGUAAAAAAAAAUACAUUUCAUGCGAUGCGUAAAAAGCCGACGAGUAUGGAACAAACGUUGCAAGAAAAUGUCAUCUUGGAUACGCCGGCGAGUCCAGGUAUUACCCGUGAAGGCGUUCAUGGAAAACAAACGAGCUUUCUCUCACUGACGCAACAGGUGGAACAAUUUCCAUGUUUAGAUGAAACGUGUAAUAUAAAUAUAACGAACAGUAUUUCAGCAAAAUGGUCAGAUAUGAGCCUGGCAGAACGCAAGAAGUGUAUGGAUGAAGCGAUAACGCCAACACGUGAAAAAGAUGACGAAAAAUAUGGUAAAUUUAUCGGCAUGUAUAAAAACGAUGGUGCCAGUGGGGAAUUUGACAGUUCAUCGUAUCCACAUUCGUUAGAAAUGUUCAAAAUAUUUCGACAGAAAUUUGGUUUGUCUACGUUCAGACCGACGCAGGUGCAAGCUAUGAAUGCAACACUUUUGGGAUUUGAUUGUUUCGUUUUAAUGCCAACCGGAGGUAGAAAAUCUCUUUGUUAUCACUUACCUGCCCUCGUGAGUCGCGGAGUAACGAUCGUCGUUUCGCCGUUAAAGAGUCUUAUUUUGGACCAAAUUCAAAAACUCCAUUCGCUCGAUAUUCCCGCAACUCAUUUCACCAGCUCUACAAAGGAUAAUCGAAAAAAAAUCAUAUAUAUGGAACUCAUCAAAGAACAUCCUGAUAUCAAAAUAUUAUACGUAACACCGGAGAAAAUUUUUGCGUCGCAAAACGUCUACAAUAUUCUGACCCGUUUAUACGAGAGAGACAUGUUGGCGAGAUUUGUUAUUGACGAAGCUUACUGUAUCAGUCAAUGGGGUCACAAUUUUAGGCCGGCGUAUAAAAAAUUGAACACACUCAGAGACCGUUAUCCCAAAGUGCCGAUAAUGGUUUUAACCGCGACAGCUGCUCCGCGCGUUAGAACGGAUAUUUUGCAUCACAUGGGUAUAACUGAGCCAAAGUGGUUCAUGUCGAGUUUCAAUAGGCCAAAUUUAAAAUACAGCGUACGCGCAAAGACGGGUAAAGCGUGUUAUGUUGGAAUUGCGACGUUGAUGCAGACGACGUUUCACAAUACUUGCAGCAUUGUUUACUGUUUGUCACGCAAGGAUUGCGACGAGUGUACCGAGUAUUUACAGAAACGCGGCAGUAAAGCGUCGAGUUAUCACGCAGGCGUCUCGGAUUAUGAAAGAACAAAUUGUCAAGAGAAAUGGUUUGCCAACGAGAUAUACGUUAUAUGUGCGACUAUAGCCUUCGGAAUGGGUAUCGAUAAACCAGACGUCCGCUUUGUGAUACAUGCAACUCUACCAAAGUCUUUGGAAAGAUAUUAUCAAGAAAAUGGUCGCGUUGGUCGUGACGGUGAGAAGGCGGAGUGUAUUUUAUAUUAUCGAUAUGCGGACAUGUAUAGAAUCAGAACAAUGAUCGAUUCCGAUACGUCAACGCAAGAAGUUCGCAGUACUUACGUAGCGAUGUUGUUAAAAAUGGUAGCAUUCUGUGAAAAUAUUACGAUGUGUCGUAGAACGUUACAGCUCGAAUAUUUUGGAGAAAUAUUUGACGAACAACGAUGUCUGGCAAACAAAGCAACUGCGUGUGAUACGUGCACGGACAAG